UUGAGCAUCUCGUUGAAAUUCUUCAAAGAAUUACAAGAACAUGGCGCUGAUGCUCUUUUGCGUCGGGAAUAUGGCUCAUAUUUGACAACUCCUGAACCUGGGUACAAUGUAUCCUUACUUUUUGAUCUUACUGCCCUUCCAGCUGAUUGUUCUGAAUUGAUUCGCAAAGCUUCAAUGCUGAAGAGGAAUUGUUUUGCUUCUGUGUUCGAGAAGUAUUUCGAGUUCCAAGAGACUGGUCAGGAAGGGCAAAAAAGAGCUGUGAUCAACUAUAGAGAGGAUGAAACUAUGUAUAUAGAAGCUAAAGCUGACAGAGUCACAGUCAUAUUUAGCACAAUUUUCAAGGACCCCGAUGACGUUAUCAUUGGCAAAGUAUUUUUGCAGGAGUUCCGUGAGGGGCGCAAGGCGAGUCAGACUGCACCAGCAGUGCUAUACUCGCUAGGUGAACCACCGCUUGAAUUGCGAGAUCAGCCAGGCGCCAGGGUUGGUGAAAAUGUUGGCUACAUCACGUUUGUUCUGUUCCCUCGACAUACCAACAAAAAUGCCCGCGAUAAUACUAUAGAUCUGAUACAUACUUUCCGAGAUUAUCUCCAUUAUCACAUCAAGUGCUCAAAGGUGUAUAUGCACUCAAGAAUGCGAUCCAAGACCAAUGACUUCCUCAAGGUGCUGAAUCGCGCUCGUCCAGAAGUUAAGCUGGAGAAGAAAACUUUCAGGUAUCAGUUCUAUACAGUCGCAUAG